AUGGAUAAUCCUUCGAAAAACCAAGCAUCAGGAUCAGAUGAUCGCUUUCUUGGCGAAUCAAUGUUACGUCGGAUAACAAAUUUUGGUCUUGAACGAAAUCCAAAUCAAACAAAACAUUGGAUGCCAGAUAGUGCGGGCAAAGAAUGUUAUGAUUGUCAAGAAAAAUUUACACCAUUUCGUCGACGUCAUCAUUGUCGUAUAUGUGGUCUUCUAUUUUGUAAUCGAUGUUGUUCAUAUGAACCUCAAGCCAAAUUAGCUGGAUAUAGUGAAUCAAAUAUUCGUCUAUGUUCAUAUUGUUCAUCAACAUUACUUAAAUUACCAAAACCAAAUUCAAUGUCAUCGACAACAACACCAACAUCAUCUUCGUCAUCAUCAUCAAAUCAACAAUAUCUUUUAUCAAUAGCACAAAUUGAUCAAGAACAACAACAACAAUUACAAACAUAUUCUCAAGAUAUAAAUGCAUCUGAUAAUGCAUUUAAUGCUGAUCAUUUUUCUUUAUCAAAAUCUUCAAGUGAUCCAUUAUUAUUACAUGUUGUUAAUGAACAAACAUCUAAUUCUACUGAACAAAAUUUAACAAAUUCUGAAAUAAGUCAAAAAAAUUCUCAACAACAAUCACAACAACGAACAAAUACAAAUUUUAAUUUAAAAUCUUUAUUUAAUGAAAUAUUUCGUACAUCACAAGGUUUACAAAUGCAAAAACAACGUUAUCGUUUAAGAACAAUUGAAUGUGUACCUGGAAAAGAUAUUGUUGAUUGGUUAAUUAAAAAUCAACGUGCUUCAAUAUUAUCGGAAGCUAAAUUAUUAUGUCAAUGUUUUAUUAAUGAAUUAUAUUUAGAACCUGUUGCUUUACCACAAACAUCAUUUAUUGAAUUUAAACCUGAUCAAACGCUAUAUAAAUUAGGAAAACGUGGAUUAGAACGUGAUUUACCAAUAGAAUCAAGUCUAUUUCGAAGUGGUAGUACAGCAUCAACAACUUCUAAUGAAUCAAAUAGUAUUGAUAUAUUUCAACAAAAAUUGGCUAAAACAACAGGUGUUGUAAUUGGUACUGAUCUUAAUUAUGUACAAUUUAAUGCACAAGUAGCAAAUACACCACAAGAGGAUACAAUAUCUAUAAAUAGUAAAAAAGAAGGAAGUGAUUUUAAUAUGCCAACAGAUGGAAAUGAACAAGUUGAUGAAAUCGAUGGAUAUUCUACAAUGAAACAAUCUUCACCAUCAGAUUCUAUAUCAUCAUUAUAUAAUGAAUAUGAAGAAUUAUUACUUAAACAAAUUCUUAUUCAAUUUUAUGUUGAUCAAGAAUGGUUUCCAAUAAUAUUAAAUAUAUGUCGAACAUUACCAAAAAUAGUUCGUGUAACAUCUAUAAAUAAUGAUUCAACACCAAAUAAUGAUAUAAGACGUAAUGUUAAAUUUAAAAAAUUACCUGGUGGUCUUAAAACUGAAACAGAAAUAAUAAAUGGUUGUGUAUUUACAAAAAAUGUUAUACAUCGUAGUAUGCCAUCUAAAAUUGAUCAACCACGUGUUUUAUUACUUAAAUCCCAAAUUGAAUAUCAACGUAGUGAUGAUCAUCGUUUAACAACACUUGAACCUGUACUUAAUCAAGAACAACAUUAUCUUUAUUCAUGUGUUGAUAAAAUUAAUUCACAUUUUAAACCUGAUAUACUUGUUGUUGAAAAAACUGUAAGCAGAUUAGCACAAGAUUUUAUUAUAUCAAAUGGUCUUGUAUUAAUAUAUAAUGUAAAAGAAAGUAUAAUGCAACGUUUAUCAAAAUGUUUAUGUACAACAAUAAUGACAUCAAUUGAUAGUCGUUUACCAUCAAAUAUUCAAACACCAUUAGGUCAUUGUGAAUAUUUUCAAAUAAAAGAAUAUGAAUUAAAUAAUAGUUAUAAAAAACGUUUAAUGUUUUUUGCUGGUUGUCCACCUGAAUAUGGUUGUACUGUAUUAAUACGUGGUGGUACAUUACAACAAUUAAAAGUUGUUAAAUCUAUUAUGCGUUUAUUUUUACUUAUAACAUAUAGUACACAAUUAGAACAAGCAUAUUUAAAUGAUUGUUAUGGACAAAUAACGAAUAAUUAUAAUGAUUAUUUAUUAUUAAUAAAACAAUUUGAUUUAGAACAAUAUAUUGAUAAAAUUGUAACAAAUAAACAAUCAAUUAUUGAUUUAAUAACAAAUGGUCUUCUUUUAUCAACAUCACCAUAUGUUAAAUAUAAUAUUCCAUAUAUUUUAAAAUGUACAAAUCAACAAUAUGUACCUAGUGAAUUACUUUAUCAAAAUAUAUAUAAUAAUAAAUAUCAACAAAAACGAGAAAAUAAUAAUAAUUCAAUUGAUGAAGAUAAACAAAUAAAAGAUACAAAUACAUAUAGUUGGUUUUAUAAUUCACCAUAUAAUAAUGAAAUUAUUCAUGUUCAUGAUAAACAUAAAUUUAUUAAAGAUAAUACUAUUUUACCUGGUAUUGAUCAAAAUUCAAAAGCUGUAUAUGCUCAUUAUCGAGCAUCAGGUGGUCGAUGUCAGUUUCGCCGUCGUCGUUGGUAUGAUUGGUUAACUCUAUAUCAACAACAACAACCUCGUGAUCAACCAUUAGAAACAAUAUUUGCACCAUAUCUUGAUUUACGUCUUCAUUUACAAAUUGCAAUAUUAUAUAGUGCACAUUGUACUGUUCAAAAUAAAUUACUUAAUUGUCGACAACCUGAAAUUCUUGAAAUGCCAGCAUAUUCAAUUCAAGAUACAACAUUAGGUUCAUUUCUAGAACAACAUUGUUUUUCAACAAAUGAUGCACCAUGUAAAACAUGUCAACAACCAUUACAAGAUCAUGUUCGACAAAUUGUACAUGGUGAAAUGAAAUUAGUUAUUCGUAUUAAACAUGUUGAUAAAACAACAUCAAAUUUACAAAAACUUUCAAAAUCAAAUGGUAUUUAUAUGUGGAGUUAUUGUGAACAUUGUCGAGAAUCAUCAGCAAAACGUUUAAUGUCAGCUAAUACAUGGUCAUUAUCAUUUACAAAAUUUCUUGAAUUAUUAUUUCAUCUUGAAUCAUUUUCUGUAUCAUCAACACGUCCAUGUCAACAUCAUUUAUUUCGUGAUCAUUAUCAUUAUUUUCAUUCUCAACAAUUUAUAGCAUCAUUUCGUUUAUUUAAAAUAAAAUUAAAAGAAUUUUAUUUACCAAAAUCAAAUCUAAUACUUAAACCAUUUGUUUAUGAACGUGAUUAUUAUAUUGAAUUAACAAAAAGUUUAUCUGUUAAUGGUUAUAAUAUAUUUUCAACAAUAGUUGAACGUUUAAUUGAAUUUAAAAAUUUAACUUUAAUACCUGAUUCUUUUAUAUCAAAAAUUGAUCAAUAUUUAGCACAAGAAAGAUUAGAACAACAAACAUUUCGUUCAUUAAUGGAUGAAAUUCAAUUAAAAAUGACUGCUGGAAAUGGUGGUGAACAAAAACGACAAUUAGAUGCAUCUAGUUAUGUUAUUAUUGAUGAUCAAAUAGUUGAAGCAAAAAAAUUCAUAACAAAAAUUGUUCAUAAUUGGAAUACAACACUUAAUGAACUUGUACAAACAAUAAAAAAAUAUGAAAAACAACAACGUGAAGCAUCAAAAAAAGUAUCCAUUAAAGCACUACCAUCAGGUGAAUCAACUAAUGAAACAAUAAAUUCUAUUCAAAAUGAAUCCGAUAUAUCAAGUAUAGCUGAAUCAUUAUCUAUAUCCUCAACACAACAAUCAACAAUAGUUGAUAAUGAUGAAAAUAAUAUUGACAAUGGACCAAAAAUCAUAUCAUCCAAUGAUGAUGAACCAUCUAAACGUAGUGGUGUAUUGAAAUUUUUUUCAACAUUUUUAGCAACUUCAGAAACUGAUUUUAUGCCAUUAAAAUCUCCAUUUAAUGAUGAUGAACAUUUACAAUUAUCUGGUAAAUAUACCGUUAAUCAUCGUGAAUUAAGUUCAAUAAUUGCACAUGCAUUAUCAAUGUCUGAAUAUGAACAACGUUUAAAUGAAGAAAUUUUAUUAAUAAAUGAAACAAAUCAAGAACAAAAAUCUAAUGAUAUACAACAACAAAAUGAUGAUAAUGAUAAUAAUAGUUUAUUAGAGGAUCAUCAACAUAUUGAAUUACAUUUUCAUGAUUCAUCAACAAAAUUUGUUGUUAAAAUUUUUUAUGCAGCUAAAUUUCAUUUAUUACGUCAAAUUAUAUUUUCAAAUAAUGAUCAAACAUCAUAUAUACGUUCAUUAUCACAUUGUAAAAAAUGGCAACCACGUGGUGGAAAAUCAAAAUCUGAAUUUUGGCAAACAAAUGAUGAUUAUUUUGUAUUAAAAGAUCUUAAUCAAAAAGAAUCAUCAUCAUUUUCAACAUUUGCACCAUCAUAUAUUGAUUAUAUGACAGAUUCAAUAAAAUAUAAUCAUCCAACAACAUUAACAAAAAUUCUUGGUAUUUAUCAUAUACAAUAUCGUCAUAAUUCAACAGGAGAAAAUUUUAAACGUGAUAUAUUAGUUUUAGAAAAUUUAUUAAAUAAUCAAAAUUCAACAAUACCACCAAUUAUAUAUGAUUUAAAAGGUUCAAUGAGAAAUCGUUUAGUUGUUGUUGAUGAUACACAAACAAAUGCUGUUUUAUUAGAUGAAAAUUUUUUAACACAAACACAAGAAAAUCCAUUUUAUGUACGUUUACAUACAAAAUGGACAUUAAUGAAAGCAUUAUAUACUGAUACACAAUUUUUAGCUAAACAUGGUAUUGUUGAUUAUUCAUUAUUACUUUCAUGUCAUAAUAAUAAUAAUAAUAAUAAUAAUGCUAAUACUAAUACUAAUAAUGAUGAUGAACAACAAUCAAUUGUUUUUGUCGGUAUUAUUGAUUAUAUAAGAACAUAUACAUGGGAUAAAAAAAUUGAAACAAUUGUUAAAUCAAUGAGUAGUGUAGGACAAUCACCGACAGUUAUAUCGCCUGAACAUUAUAGAACAAGAUUUUUACGUCGAAUGGAUCAAUAUUUUCCUGUUGUACCUGAUGAAUGGCAUGCAUAUGAAAAAAAAUAUUUAGAUAUAUCAGCAUUUCCAACUGAAACUAUGACAGCUAAUUUAACUAAUAAUGAUUUACCAAAUCAAUAG